AGAUGGCGGACAGGACAAUGCCCUAGAACAAUGGGGAGUCGCACCCAACAUUCCAAAUAACAAUAGAGAGUAGAUAAAAAGAGUACACAUUUUUGGCGGGAGCAUAUACCGCGGUAUGCAAAAUGGACAACUCUUUUGGAAAUGAAGAAGAGAAUGAAGACGUGGGAACUUGCUAUGAUUUCACCAAGAAGACAUGGCGGGAUGAUGUAACAUUUCUUGUAGAAGACCAACACCUUUAUGCAACAAAGGCGGUAUUAGCCAUGGUUUCUUCCGUGUUUGAGGCAAUGUUCGGGACCAACUUCAGAGAAAGAGACGAGAAUGAAGUGCCCUUGCCAGGUAAAAGGUUUGAAGACUUUAAAGAGUUUCUCCAUUGCAUUUAUCCCACAUCUCAGAAGAAGAUAGAUGAAGGAAAUGUGUACAAAGUCCUUCCUUUGGCAGAUGAAUAUGAUGUGAAGCCUUUGAUCAAAACGUGCAAGAGUUUCCUCAAUACCCACCUAAUAAAUGACCGAGCGUCAACGGAAGAGGUGAUUCUUUGUCAUGGAUUAGCAGCUCGGCAUAAAUUCCAGAGCCUUAGGAAAGUGUGUGCAACACGGCUGUCAGAUGUAGGAGUGAAGGAAAUAGAAUCUACAGCAGUUGGUGUGAGUGACACGGAGACUCUUCUUCAAAUUCACAAGGAUAUUUUGAAACAGCAAGGCGAAACUUUGGAAGAGACGCGCACGGAACUGGUAAAUAUAUACAUAAAUACAGAUUUAUCGGGGCCAGAACUGCCUUCAAUUUCGGAUGCCAGAGGUUCAAUAAUCAAAUUUAAACCAAACGUGAAUUCGUUAGAUGAGCAGGGGAAUAUAUAUAGUAAUCAAGUUACACUUUGGGAUAUCACCUUCAGGGUUAAAAUGCACGUGGUGACCAGCACUCAAGGCGAGAAAAUAAUGUCAUUGUUUCUGUAUUCAACGUUUCCACGGAAUAACAGGCUUGGUGUUUGCAGAGUUAAUGUUAAAAUAUGUUUUAAACGCACUGUCAGACAUGGUCCGGAGGUUUCAAAGUAUGUAAGAAUGCCAGAGAUGGUGUUUUCGAACGAAAGUCGGACAACAGGAUUAAUGACUCCAGUGGCACUGUCCCGGUUUACUUCUCAAGGGUAUGCCGAAAAUGGGAUUCUGGAUUUUGUUGUUUUUUUGAUGUCUAGAAAACCAUCUGUUAGAGAUUAACGGGUGAAAUGCCAACAGAAUAGUGUUCACUGAUAGUGUUGCUUUAGUUAAAGCUGAAUCAGAACUAAACCGUAGUUAGUUUACUAUCAUUAGGUUUUCUGUUUGUGUUAUGUUGCUCUUCAGCAUUUGGAAUAUUGUUCAGGUUAAUUGCUUCAUAAAGUAAUUGUUUGUCAA